CACAACCAUGUUUUUGAGCUGGCAAUACAUUUGCACAGUGCUAAAGUCAACAUUACAGCGCUAGGGCUGCUGUUACUUGUUGCAUCCACAGAGAAGCAGAUGUGUUUUUAAAACAAAGGGCUGAUGUGCCUCUGGCUCCGGGUCCGAUAAGAGGACGUUAGAAAAACACUAUUUUUGAUUUUGAUUAGCUCUGAAUUUGAGGUCGAGCUCAUCCUAUUUCAAUAUUUUGAAAGCUAUCAUUAGGAGUUAACUGUAAUUAAGUAGGUCUUCGUAAAAAUAACUGAGAGGACUCCGAAUGCGUAAUGCUUAAGUUUAGACCUCUAUAUGUGCGUGUUUCCAGAUGUAAAGGCAAACGCAACAACACGCACUACUUUUUGCCUUUAAAACUCCAGUAAAUAAAUAGCAAAUCGGGAGAUAACGCAAGGGCAGACUCCAGGAGAAACCAACCUGUGCUCAUGACUCUCGACUUGCUCCUUUCUCCAUGAGCAAAACGCAACUUUCAAUGGAAGGGAGAGGAGGAAUCCUGCGGUUUAUCCUCCGUCCACAUCCCUGUCAGCCCCACGACCCGCGGGCCCACACAGUGCUCACUUCCCGGCUGUCCUGUUCUGUCGCAGCGGUGAAUAAUCCACGUGUAAAGUAUGAGCCUUUGUCGGUUUUCCCAUUUUCCCCAAGUUUUUCACCCACGGUUGUUUCCUUCCCCAACUCUUGCGCCCUCUCGGAUCUCAACCAGCAACCGCUAGGGGCGCAAUCCCGACCAGGCACCGCAAGCGAGGAAGCGGCGGUCGGCGGAGCAUUGUGGGAAAUGUAGUUUUAAAAUAAGUUUUGUUUCUGCGGCGACCAACCGGCGGCUAAAGAGAGCCUUCAACUUCUACUACAACACCGAACACACAGAAUGCUACACCGUCCGUGUACCAAUGUGGGAAAGCAAUGACUGAGGAGCUGGAUGAAGAUGUGGUAUUCGAGAACUCUCCUCUGUUCCAGUACCUCCAUGAUCUAGGGCACACAGACUUUGAGGCGUGUCCCACGGGUUCUCAGGAAGAGGGAGAUGGAGAGGAAGCUCCUCCCCAGGGAGACGACCAGAAGCGUUCGGGAGCUCACCUGUGGAGGCUGGCCAACGCCUUGUGGCAGUGGAGCCCGAUGGGAACGGCCGCCCCAUGCCACUCUCUGGAGCGGGAGCUGGACUGCGUGUUCGGCCAGUACUCGGUGCGCUGCGUUCUGGACCAGGACGUCCUGCUGCAGGAGGACGUUGAGCUGAUCGAGCUGCUGGACCCCGGCCUGCUGACCCUUGGCUCCCCCGCCGACGGCUCCCCCGGACGCACCGCGCUCACCCUGCCCCGGCCCGGCCUGCUGGCCAGACCCUCGCUCUGGGACGCCGCGGGGCUGGUGGGGCUGGCGGCCGUGCUGCUGGGCCUCUUCGUGGCCAGCGGCGGGGGCUGGUCCCUGGCCGGCGCGGCCCCCUGGGGCCUGGUGCUGCUGGGCUGGGCGGGCGCGCGGGCCGGCGGGCUGUGGCGGCGGGCCCGCGCCCAGAGGGCGGUGCACGCCGCGGCCGCGGAGCUCCAGGCGCUGGUCCACGACAGCAAGGCGCUGACGGGCGUGUCCCGCAAGGCGCUGCGGCUGGUGCAGGAGACGGAGGUCAUCUCCCGCGGGUUCACUCUGGUGAGCGCGGCCGGCUCCUUUAGCAGGGCGGGGCUGGGGGCGGAGCCUCGGGGCCAGCAGCUGAUUGGUCUGCGGAAGGCUCUGUACCGCGCGCUCCGCACGGCGUUCCGGGCUUCCCGCCGCGCCACGUGCCACAUGCUCAAGUCGUUCCCGCUGAACUCGGAGAUCGACAACGUGACCAACUACGUGUCGGCGGUGCCGCUGAAGGAGCUGGGGCUGGGGCUGGGCGUGGAGCACGUGGGCGACGAGCAGGCUCAGGACCUCACCGACGACUACAGCCUGCCCGCCCUGAAGCUCAUGUUCCAGCUGUGGGUCGCCCAAAGCUCCGAGUGCUUCCGCCGCCUGGCGCUGCUGCUGUCGGCACGGCAACAGGAGGAGGCGGAGCCCGUCGGGGUGGCCGCCGCCUCCGCGGUCCUCAAGCCUCCCUCCGCCUCCCCCCCCUCCUCCUCCCCCUCCUUCCCCUCCGCCCUGCACCGCUCCAUCCCCGCGGUGACGGAGCCCCUCCACCAGGCGCUGGCCGGCUGCCUGGGCGAGGUGCAGCGCAGCUACGACUUCCACCGCUACUUCGAGACGCAGCCGCGGGGCGCGGGGGUGGCGGACCGCGCCGGGCCGGCGCGCCAGAAGUGCCGGGAGCUCAACACCCUGCACACCUCCAUCCGCAGCCUGCAGCUGCACCUCAAAGCCCUGCUGAGCGAGAUGAUCAUCCUGGAGGACGACCUGGAGAAGAUGAUGGUGUGCGGGGAGCGAGUGGCGGUGCCCCCGCCUCUCUCAGGGGAGGGCUACCUGGAGCUGAGCCAGCGGCUGCACACGCUGCAGCCCCACAUGCAGGCCAGCAACAGCUGCUGGGAGGAGACGGUCGGCCAGGUGGACCGCAUGCUGAGACGCACAGAUGCUGCUGCAGGUCUGCGACAGAGCGCCCCCGCCGUGCCGCACGUCCCGACCCCCACGCCGUCCUACCCGCUCAUUCUGGACCGGGACAGCGUACCAGAGGAGCUGGAGUGGGAGGCCUACGUGUCCGACUCUGACUCGGAGGACGACCGCGGGGGGGCCUGGUGCGACAUGCUCUCCCCCGAGGAGCGCGACCGCCAGCGCCGCGAGCGCGAGGAGUCCCGGCGCGUCCUGUCGGAGCUCAAGGCCGUGCUGGGCUUCCGCGCCUCCGAGGGCGAGAGGCUGAAGUGGAAACAGCUGCUGUUCAACGACCAAGCUGCUACGACCCCGUCCAACGCGGGGCCGCCGGACACCGCGCCCCCCCCCGACGCCACCAGUAACCAUAACGACCAGGACCACGACGGAGAGGAAGAAGAGGAGACCGCAGAAGAAGAAAAAGAACGGCGACGGGCGGCGGCGGCGGCGGCGGCGGCGAGCGACGGCGAGCCGGCCACCGAGUUCACCUGCGGCCUGGACAAGAUGGCGGCCGGAGAAGGGGAGGAGCCUCGCGCGGAGGGAGCGGGCCGGUCCGAGCUCCACCAGUACGACGGGCUCCUCGACGGCGGCGACAGCGAGGGGGAAGGGGAGGGGCUGGCGGAUUUCCUGCUGACGCCGCGCGUCCCGAAGCUCUCCACCACGGACAGACUGACGGAGCUCCACGGGGCGGAGGCCCUCAGCAUUAGCUCCGCCCUCGCGGCCCAGGUGGCGGCGCGGUCGCACGCCCUCGUGCACAUGGAGGAGCAGACGUUCGGUGACGAUGACGAGGAGGAGGAGGAGGAGGAUGAAGGGGAGGACGGGGGGACGCAGGAGAAACACUAGAAGCAGCUUUAAACUGAAACUGAAACCAGGCGGAGUGUUUGGGAUGCUUUAUUUAUUUCCGGUGCGGUUCCGAGGUCCUCAUCGAUCGAGCUGCGUUGUGUUGUGUGUGCGUUACAUCGGCUCAAGUGUUGGUUGUUGUUGUGUGUGUGUCGCGUAAUCACCCGUCAAUCAACCCGCACGCCGCGUCCGUCCGCUGUAAGCCUCUCUCUCUCUCCCUCUCUCCCUUUCUCUUUCUCUUUCUCUUUCUCUCUAUCUCUCUCUCUCGCUCUCUCUCGCUCUCGCUCUCGCUCUCUCUCUCCGCCUGUUCAACCAUCUCCACUCAGGAACCUCCUUUAGUCAAAAGGUCGAGAUCAUGAAUGUCUGCAACAUAUAUUCUCAUAUGUUAUAAUCUUAUUUUUUUUUAAGAAUGAUGUAGAAAGGCCUUCAAAUUUGUAAAGCUCCAUCGCUGUUAAAAAAGAAAUUGUUCUUAGUGCUGAAUGGUUUGGAGAGCUGCUAAUUCGUCCUGAGAUCAGUCCUGCUAAAGUUCCACUGCUGAGGAUAUGAUUUGGUACGUGGGAUAGUUGUAGUUAUGAACAGACAAGUUCUCGUUACAGAUACAAAACUGAAGCAAAAGGUCAUGGAUUGAGGGCUGUUGAAAAAUGAAUGAAUAGAUCCAUAGGUCUUGGUGGACAAGUGCACGUGUGUGUGUGUGUGUGUGUGUGUGUGUGUGUGUGUGUGUGUGUGUGUGUGUGUGUGUGUGUGUGUGUGUGUGUGUGUGUGUGUGUGUGUGUGUGUGUGUGUGGGCGUGUGUCUUUUGAAGUUUAUUCCCAAUAAUGUACACUCUGUACAUUAUUAUAUAUUGUGUGAGUGAUAUAUUGGAAUUAAGCUUGACCUCAACACUGUUGUGUCUUGUGGGUUAGUGUGUGUGUACAAUCCCUGGAGACGUCAGCUCAAAGUAUCUGUUUACAUGGCCAUGAUCAGUUCAAACGUUAGAAUCAGACACCCCACGUUGCAUGGUGGUGUAGCUCAACUUUUGUUAAGAACGUAAACAAAAACAAAAAGGCAGAGUGGGUCUGUGUUUUCUUACAUAUAUUAGCGUGAUUUAAAUACUUUUGUUAAUAAAUUAACGAUAAUUACGAGCCUCCCGGGAAACCAGACUGAAAAGCGGACACAAACUGUCCCAAGAAGUGUUAGUCCUACCCUCCUGCAUUUCAUAGGUGAAAUUAAAGCUAUUCUG